GUCCGCUGUUUAUCAAAAUCAGUACCAACGAAACUGCAACAGCGUGAACCUAGACGAGCCCAAAUACUAUUAGUGUCGAUUGUAUUCGGAAUUAACUGCGUUGUUAUGGAAUUCUUAAGCUUGCAUAACGUUACGAAAGAACUCACACUCAACAAGUGUGCCAUACCAAAACCAAUAGGACAUGAGGUGUUGAUACGAGUUGCAUAUUCGGGCAUUUGUGGAACGGAUCUUCACAUCUUGGAUGGCGAGUUUCCUGCGAAAAGUGAUAGUCCACUAACAUUGGGACACGAAUUUGUUGGUACAGUUGAAUCUGUGGGCAGUGAAGUGCAUAACUUUACAGUCGGAGCCAAAGUUGCGGUCAAUCCGAAUAAUGGUUGCAACAAUUGUGAUUUGUGCCACCGGGGCACAUACCAUUUUUGUGAAAACGGUGGCUUGAGAAGUACGAUCGGAAUCUUCAGAAAUGGGGGUUGGGCAACCCAUGCUAUUGUGCCAGAUAGUCAGGUUCACCUUGUUCCCGAUGGUGUGGAUUUACAACAUGCUGUUCUAGCAGAACCAUUAUCCUGCAUUGCCCAUGGCUGGAAUAGAAUAGGCACGAUUCAUAUUGGAGAGAAAGUUUUGGUACUUGGUGCGGGAAUAAUCGGUUUAUUGUGGACAGCUAUGCUUCAUUUACAUGGACUUAGAAAGACUGUUACGGUUAGUGAGCCACAGGAAAAGAGACGUCUGGCAGUUGAGCGUUUGGAUUUGGACUAUGACGUAAAGGCGCCAGCUCAAGUGAAAGAUAAGUUUGAUCUGGCUGUGGACUGUAGCGGCUCUGGCCCGGCAAUGGAAAGCGCUGUAUCGCUGUUGAAACAUGGCGGGUGUCUAUGCAUCUUUGGUGUAGCCAAUCCUAAGUCGACAUUCGCUAUUCGUCCGUUUGAUUUUUUCAUGAAGGAGUUGAAAGUUCUGGGCGUGAAUAUCAAUCCGUUUAUGUUUCCCAAGGCAUUGGAUCUAUUGCAUGCGAUGGGUGAGCGAUAUCUUGACUACAAUAAGUUGGGAAUUCGCGUUUUUAAACUGACCGAAUAUAAGGAAGCCUUGCAGGCUCUUCGUGACGGUGAAAUUAGUAAGGCUGUGUUCAAAUGUUUUUAGAAAGUGAGCAGUGGUUCUCAAAGCUGAAACUUGAACAUACUCCAGAAGAAAAUUUAAUAAAAAAAUAUAUUUUAUCA